AUGAACACAGCGAUGCUCCGAGAUCUGCAGCGCGUCUCUCUUGAUUUCGCUAGUCGGUCAGUGGAUUCGUUGAGCCUGCUGCAGGGCUUCAGCCGCCGCGAUUUCACGUUGCGCACGGAGUGGGCACAGUCAGUACAGCGCGUUAUUGAUUCCUGGUUCUUUGGUUUUGGAAGCCCUGCUGUGGCAGGAUUUCUUGAAUCCUACAGUCAGGAUAGCAAUGGGACCACUGUUGACACCUCCAUGCACCGUAACAUCCUGUCUCAGAUACCUGACUUUGCGCGGGUGAUUCAGACAUGUCCGCUUAGAGAUGUCCGUGACUUCUGUCACGCCAUCAUUGAGGACUUGAAGAAAAAAAAGCAUUUCAUAUUCGAAAUACCCCUCCAACCCUCUCCGUCCUACUCCUUCUACAUGGACGAUCUGCCGCACCUUAGAAUAAUCUUUGAUGAACCCUAUGACGAUGAUCCCAUGUUCUCCACCUACGUUCUCUUCUGUGAGUACUGGUAUCGCUGGGGUCGACUGGACAACUUCGUCCAAAUACUCGGUUGCCAUCCAGAGUUUCUUGAGCCCUUUAUCAAGGUUCAUCAGUGUCUUUUCACUGGAGACCUCUCUCUACCCUAUCCGGUGCGCUACUAUCUGGCUAUUUUGGCUGCGGCUGAACUGCGGUGUCCCCAACUCGUCUGCCUCUUUGUGCGCUACUUUCUGCAAGCCGGUGGCGAGGGCAGCUGGCUUGAGGGUCUCUCACAUGCGCCAUCUCGCUGGUUCCAAUUGAAGCAUCUUAACCACAACUUGGCUCAUUCACCCUGGAAGAUUACUUCUGACGACAUCUACCAGCUAACUCGUGGUGACGACGUAGUGGGUCGGAUUGAGAAGCUUUCUCUCUCCGAACUGAUGCAUGCCGUUGCCAUAGUAACGCAUGUUCAUGCACUGGCUUGCUUCGCGUUUGGGGUUGCUGUACGACCCGAGUUGGAGCACGUCUGCCCCUCGCCCUACCAGCCCUGCAUCUAUUCUGCAGCCACAGGUGCUACUGUCACCGACACUUCCUCCGCCUUCCCUACCCUUGGCCAUGGAGAUAAGACUACUAUGUGGAUGAAUGAGCAGCAUUACAAGGAUCGUCAAGCGGAGGCCUCGAAGCACCUCUUCAAGUUGCUUCAAUCGGAACCCGACGAUUGGGAUGGUCGCGGAGGCGAUGAGGUAGUGGCCGAGAAUUUCCAGUCCUACGCCAAAUCGACGUCAGAGCUGAGCUUGGCAGCGUUAUGUGAGAAGAUUACGGCCUCGGACAAUUUCAACUUGGAAAAUCAUCCAGUUGUUGCAAAGUUCCUCUCAUUCCCGGGCAGCUCUUUUGUGGAUUACUUGGGUUCGCCAUUCCUUCUUUCGGUGAGUCGAACACCGCCAAAGGAAAAUUGA